UCCAGAGGAAAAAUGCAGGGCUUGUCCUUCAGCGUGACGUCAGAUCUGUCUUUAAUAAAAUCCCCAAAGAGCCAAGAGAAAAAGGCAGAGUGCCUAGGCUAGGUUGCCAGUUCAGGAUUGCUCUGCAUUCCCCAAAGUGGUGUUUUUGUUCAAAACGGCUCUAAAUCUGGGUUCAAUCAAAUGCAUUUAAUCCCGGCUUCCAGGGAUGAGGUGGCUUUUGCCCUGGAUUCUAGCAGCAAGCAGCAUUUUGCAGGCCACUGCCCAGACCUCCCUCGCCAUGCCCAGCAGCGUCCCCGCCACGCCAGAGCCGCCGGCCCGGGCCCAGUACUGCCGCUGGCCCUGCCAGUGCCCGCGGGCCCCGCCGCGCUGCGCGCCCGGCGUCAGCCUGGUGACGGACGGCUGCGCCUGCUGCAAGGCCUGCGCCCGGCAGCGCGGAGAGAGCUGCACCGAGGCCGACACCUGCGACUUCCACAGGGGCCUCUACUGCGACUACAGCCGAGACAGACCUAGGUACGAAAUAGGAGUGUGUGCACAGAUUGUUGGUGUAGGAUGUGUCCUCAAUGGAGUCAGGUAUAAGAACGGGGAGACAUUUCAGCCCAACUGCAAAUACAACUGCACGUGCAUUAAUGGGGCUGUGGGUUGUGUUCCCAUGUGCACAAACUCACGUCCUCCACUUGUCUGGUGCCCAAACCCAAAGCUGAUUAAGAUGGCAGGGAAGUGCUGCGAGCAGUGGGUUUGUGAUGACUCCAGGAAAAUCAGGAAGACAUCUCCACGUCACAUCUCCUCUGCAGCGUACGAAGGAGAGGAUGAAGCCUGGCAGAGGAACUGCAUUGUGCACACCUCACCCUGGAGCCCCUGCUCAAGGACCUGUGGGCUGGGCAUCUCCACCAGGAUUUCCAAUGACAACGACCAGUGCCAGCUCCUGAAGGAAAGCCGCCUGUGCAACAUGAGGCCCUGCGAGGUGGAUAUCACCCAGCACAUCAAGCCUGGGAAGAAAUGCUUGGCUGUGUACAGGGCGAAUGAAGCCAUGAACUACACCAUCUCUGGAUGUGUGAGCAAAAGUCCAUACAGGCCCAAAUACUGUGGGGUCUGCACAGACAACAGGUGCUGCACACCCUACAAGUCCAAGACUAUUGAAGUGAGGUUCCAGUGUCCAGAUGGAGCUGAGUUUUCCUGGAAAGUUAUGUGGAUCAAUGCUUGUUUUUGCAACUUGAACUGCAGGAACCCCAAUGACAUCUUUGCUGACUUGGCUCAUUACUAUGAUUACUCUGAAAUUGCUAAUUAAAUUGGCUGAAUGCUGGAAUUGACCCUUUGCUCUGAUUUUACAGAGGUUUUAAAAUAAAAGGAGAAUCUUCAUCCACUGCCAAUGUGCAGUUUGCUUUUUUCCCAGCUUAGGAUGUUGAUGCAUUGAGAGGCUAUUUAGAACAGAGGCUAGACAGUGUUAAAGGAAUAAAGUAGAUAUUUAUUAAAAAAGCCUUCAAAGGAUACACCUUGGGUGGUACAAGAGCCUGGCCAAGGCUACACCCAAGAUGGACCAUGGGUCACACAUUUUCAUGCUUUUAUAAGUUUUGGCCCAUUUACAUACUGGGGUUAGUUGUCCAAUUACAGCCUCAGGUCAUGAAGUCCCAUCCUCCCAGAUUCCUCUCCUCAGUUCCCUGUGGUUUAUACUUCUGGGGCCUGAAGCUGCAAUGGUAUCCUUGAUUCUGGAGCUGGAAAGGGAUUGUUUUGUCUAACUACUCUGUGAAGAGAACUUGCUAACACUUUAUAUGAAGUUCAGAGUUAUAUACUAAUGCAGUACAAAAUCUGGAAAAUAUGAAAGCUAAAACUUAAGGCAUUAAUGUAAAAUCUCUUUGUUUUGCCACACUGUUUUUGAAGAGGCCUUGAACAAACAAGAUUUUUAACUUUAUCUUCAUCCAUUAACAGCCAGAAAUUCCUUUAUGCACAAAUGCUGGGAUUUAAAUGACACUUCUGUUGGCACUGCCAUUUACUAGGCCAGCAGUUUAAUUGCCCAUAGAGAAGAACAGUACACUAGUAUGACAGCAAAAAUAUGGGUGUCAUUAGCUUAGACAUGAGAUACAGACAUCCUUAUUGCAAUUUCUUGAAUGUUAUUGUCUAAGCUGGAAAACUGACAUAUAUGUUUUAUAUUCAACAUUACACACCAGGAUUUGAUGACCUCUGACCCUUGGAGCUAAAGUCUAGCAUCUGAGAUCAGUCCUAGAAUCACCUGUCAUUCUCAGUCAGAUUCUAAUCCAUGGUGAAUUUCAUGGGAAAAGCCUAAGGAGAAGAAUGUUUCUCCUGAAAUCUCUGUGUGAUGUUUCCAUCUCUCACUGCAUUAGGCUAGGUCCAAGAACUUCUGUGUCCUACUCUCCUUGGACUCAUCUCAGUCUCUUUAAGUAUCUUAUACCAGGAACAUUUUCAUAGUUCUCUGCCUUCUCUGAUCUUGAAUAGCCUGAGUGAAUCCAAAACAGCCACCCCAGAGCUCAUGUUUUCAGGAUAAGCCAUCUAAUCCUCAGGUGAUAUACUGCUCCAAGGCUGUCUCUGCAGAUGAAAUGUAGAGAGCCAGAUCAGAGGUGAAGGACAAGACCUCAUGCAUCCAUUUAUUUCUACAGAAAUAGAAAUUGUGUGGCCUGUGCUUGAGGACCACCACCACCUCCUGCUCCCCACAGUGUUACCAGCACACACGUGCCUCCUCACACUGCCACCUGGCCAGUAACACAAAUCAUUGUUUUAUGUGACUGGGGUAGAGGAAAGGAGAUGUGUUAAAUGAGAAAACAGGCAUUAGGCUUCACGUCAGCUCUGAAAAUACGGGGAUGCAGAAAGAGAGGCAACCCUUGGCAUAGCUUGUGGUUCAUUAAUGCCAGCUGGGCUCAUGCUUAGAGUAAACAUAAAUGUAAACAUUUUCUACAGAAGUGGUUUCACAUGCAAAUGUCAGCAAAGAGUAGAAAAAAAAAACCCUGUCAUUGCCUUUCCAGGUAAGAAAUUUAUCAUCAUUGAAGGAUGUUGAAGCCAGUUUUUUUCUCCAAUAAACUGUCAGUACAGCAGCCACACCCCAUGGCCUCGUUUGCCGUUCUUGGGAGAGCCGAAUUGUGUUUCUGUAUGAAAAAGAGAACUGUAGUAUCCAUUUCAAAAAUCUGUGGUGGCACAGUAGAACUGCUGAGUGACACAUGAUCUGGAGAUCUGACCAGUACAGGCUGAACUUGGGAUGACACAGUUUAUUUUGCUUUCGUUUCAGCUGGGAAAUUGUCCGUCUUCAUCCUGAUAACCCAGCAGAAGCUUGAUUAGUUUCUGGAAGACAAAAAAUUUUCUGGCUAUAAUGAAUUAAAAAUUCUUGUGAGUGAGCUGAAAAUAAUGCUAUGCCUGUGUAAAAACAAUUAGGAAAAAGGCUGUCUAUCUUCAAAAGCCGUUAACACAAAUAGUAUCUUAAUUUGUAUGCAAGGAUUUGGCCCAUGUAUUCUUUACAGACCUAGGUAAUUCCUGAAUUAAAAGCUCCAUUUCUUUUUCGAAACUUCCAUGAAAUCUCUAGUGGCAGAAAGGAAGGGUGAUCCCUGCUCAGAUGUUCCAAUGAAGGUGCAAAGCCCCUCUUCUCUUUGUUUCUCUGGUGAUAAGGAACCUGAGCCCACCAGGAUUUUGCAAGAUUCAGCCUCAUGACUGCCUUGGCCUGGGUGAUGUGAGAGGUCAUACCUGCCCUAUCUGCCUCCAGUUAAAUGAGACCUCAGCACUUGCAACCCUGAGACUGUUACAUUUCUAACUCCAUCCCUUGGUAAAAAAGUUCCAUGUGAACAUACAAAAAGAGGCUGUGGUCAAGAAUUUGAGAAUGUUUUCCAAAAGGGAAAAUGGUUUGCAUUAAGAAGUUGUAGGGAAGACAUACUAGGACCUCUCUCUUGAUCAGGUCCCCUAAAUAUGACUUGGAACCCUGUGUUCUAAUUCUUGCCCAUCUUAAAAUACUAUAUGUAUGCAUGUGUGUAUAUAUGUGCAUGUAUAUACAUGCAGGUAUAUGCACAUAUAAAAAUAAAUACAUAUAUACACAUUGAUAUGUAGAUGUAUACACACCUAUAAAAUAUUCCGUGCAGGCGUCUAUAUAAUGUUGUAUAUAAUAUAUUUAAAACCAUAUGGAAACUUGCCUGUGAAUAUAUAUGUGUAUGUAUAUUCCUAUGGUGCAUAAAAUCAGUGCAUGUAUGUUUACAGUGUGUGUUUAAAAUGUGUGAUUAUAAGGAGAGACAGUCUUUCUCGGUCUUACAGGUACACAUAAGGAAGCAAGAAAACAGAACUAGAUCAUGUAUUAAAAACUCCAUCCCUUAACUGGCUUGCUCUGCUUUGCAAUUAGUUAAUGCUGUAACCACAGCAAUCAAAUGCUGCAGUGGCUGUAACACAAGGCUUUCAUUGACAGAUAAAAGAAGCUAUUGAAAGCUAAUGCAUGACCAGCAGCUCCAGUGUGUGUCAGUGUUUAGUGAAGUGAAAGCCUGGAAACCACAGAUCUUGCCCAACGCACCCAGAAUGUUUCUGUCUCUAGGCUGGUUUCCUAAGGAAACCGAGUGUAUGCAGCCAUACUGUUCAUUUGUUUGUCUGUCAGGCAGCCCCUUUGUGGGAAGUGUCAAACAAAGCAGGCAGAAGUGUAAAGAUCUCAGAAGCACUGCAAUUCCUGCAGUGAAACAUUGACUCAAAGAGCAGGGCAGGGAUGAGGUUGACCGUCUUGUCCCUGUCAAGCCCAUGCCCACCUGCCAGGUAGUCACUGCACCCAACACGUCUGCAGUGUGGCCCAGCCACCCCAGCAGCAGCAUAAAGGGGUUUUAAACAGAUUUGCCAGCUGGAAACAAGUAGCCAUGGAGGAGGCAGAGCUGAAGGAAUCACAGAUGGGGAACAGUGGUUAUUAAACUGCUGUAAAGGAGUUUUGUGGGGACAUUGGACACAAAUCUGUAGGAAACCAAGUGCUGUUAGUUCUAUGACUCUGCUUGUGCCACUGGUUGUCUGUCCAGUGGCUCUGAAUGUGGAAGAGCAUCACUUGUAGCCAAUUAAUUUGAUCUGCAGUCUGUGAUGUAUUUGAGAUCCUUUGUUUUAAUGGAUGUUUACAAGCAGAUUAGCCCUAGGACAAAGGCAACCGUCCAGCUUUAGAUUCAAUCCCCUGGCUCCCUCUGAGCCUGGGCAAAUCAUGUAUCUUUUACAGAAGUACUUUUGUGGUUACUGUUUUAAUUCAUUGAAGAUCUAGAUCCCCAAAGGCUUUCAUGGAUCCAGCCCUUUGCUUCACUUUUCCUUGGGAUUUCAGAGUCAGAACAACAAGGCCCUACUGUUCAUAGCCUCUGUUGAGAGUGAAAACUCCUCCAGCAGGAACUGAUGCUCAUUGUACAUUUGUGCAAUGGGCCCAGGCCUCUGCUGGGACCUGAAAGUGAUGCCACCAUCCAAGGAAGAACAAUUACAGCAUUGAGGAGACACCAGGAUCAGAUCCCUCUGCUGCAAGGGGCAAGUGAAAGGCUAAAGAAAGGAUGAGAGAGCCAAUUUUGCAAUCCACAUAAGCCAAGACAGUUUGCCACACAUUCAGCUCAUGACAAUCAUCCUGUUGGUCCUGUAAGCUGAGUCAAGGAUGAAGGGUGGGAUUUAGAAGGUCUGGUCAUGCUGGUAUGAACAGCAAGCCUCCAGCUAUCCCCAGUGACCAUAGCCAUUAGCCUUCUGUGAAGGCUUCACCAGAGUAAAGACAGUAGCUCAAGCAACCUUGUUUGGGAAUCCCAAAAAACAGGAUAUCUACUCACCAAAGAAGCAGGCAUGAAGCUUUUUAAAAUGUCUUUCCAUGGAGUGUUGGCUGGAGUUUAAAACACUAUUUUGGUGUGCAUGCAGCUGGGAACAGGGGGUAGUGCAGUUGCCAGGUUUUUGAUAUGUUCACUAGGGUUGUGCUGUGUACAUGUAAUAUUCCAGGAAAACCACAACAUUUAGAAAGGCUGUGUCAUUUUGUAAAUUAAACCCUGGGAUUUUUUUUGUCCCAGCUUUCUUGAAGGAAAUUUAAAACUGAUAGAGACAGUGUUUUCACUAUCAGAGGCACAUGUUCAUGCAUUUACCUUCUCGAGUUGUGACUUUCCAGUUUUAACAUUUCUAUAGAGUUAUUUCUAUAAGUCUCAUAUACUGAAAUAUAUGGGCAAACCAGAUUGGUUUGGCAGUCUGAGUUACACCAGCUAUUUGGUGUAACAUUACUUGUUUGUAAAGCAACAUGGUGAGGUCUUUUAAGAUGGCAUGUUGCUACUGUGGUUUAAAGAUAUUAAAUAAGUCGGAAAUGGUUAAUGAAUCUAUGACUGACACCUUGUUUAGAAGUUUAGGCAAGCAAAUGAAGGUGAAAUGUAUCUGUGACUGAUAUUUCUGAUCUUCUUGCCUGGCCAGUGUCAAGGGGGAAUUUGCAAUCUGUGACAAAGCCAUGAACUGGAGGACAUAUAAAAGUAAAGAGACUGUACUGUAAUGUGGUAAAAAAGGAUGAUCUGAGAGCAUCUCCUUCAUUUUGAAUAUUUUGGCAGAUUGGAAAAGCCAGUUGUUUCCCAACUUACAUUUCUUUGCUGGUCUGAUUCUGGCUGAAUAUUUGGAGUUUUUUUCUGCCACACUCUUAUUGGACUUGGGUCUAGAGUCUUUAAGCAAAGUGGAGUUUAUUAUUCAACCUGCCUGAGCAUGUCUUCAUUAUUGGCUCUCUUGAGAAGUUGCAGAAGUAACCUCUUUGCCACAGCCAUACUUA